CUCAGUUUCACAAACAAAAAAUGGACCUAAUCCAAUACUCAUCUAGCGAUUCGGAAAGUGCCGACGAAAUGGACAAAUCCGCCGAAAUACGGGCUGAAUCCAGAAAGUCAUCGACAGAGUCCCUGGGGAAGCCAAAGACGACAAAAGAAAGUCCCGAGCCGCGUUCCGGCGACAAAAAGACCCGACAUGAAGACGACAGCCCUCGGAAGAAAGCUGAAAUGGAAUUGAGUGAGGAUUCGGAUGAAAAGCCAAGGAAACACAAGGCGCGUUAUUCGCCCGAAAGACGUUCGCGAGAGCGGGAGUCGUCGUACAAAAAACGAAGCCAUCGAGAGAGAAGCGAAGAACGUCGCUACGACGAUCGUCGACGCCGCGACAAAGAAAGAAGCCGCCAUCACAGCUCACGUGACGAUUAUAGUGAAAAAAGGCACCGCAGUGACAAAUACCGACACAAUGACACUCGUUCUCGUGGGGAUCGACGCAGCAGCGACAAAUACGACAGAAAAUAUCGUGGCAACACUGAGCGCAGUAAUAGCGGAUAUUCUGAGUCUGACAAAUACAAACGUUCAAGUCGCGAUGACAACAACGGAUCUCGACGACGACGACAUCGUUCGCGAUCCGCAUCCCGAGAAAAAUCGCGCGAUACACGCUACCGUUCUCAUUCAAGAUCCAAAGAGCGCGCAGAUGACCGUCGUUUAACCAGUUCCGUGUCCCAACAAGUCACAUCAACCACCGCAUCCAUCACGCAAGGCAACAAGGAAAAAUCUCCCGAUAUCGCAGCUGUGACAACACCCCCAAUAAUCCAAAAUCCCGUCAACAAUCCCGUCGUCGCCGAACGAAAACUCGCAAAAUUAGACCAAUUAGGCAUCACGUUGCACACAAAUUCACUCACGGCAUCGUCAAGCAAACUACCCGAAGGCGUCGAAAUUCCCGCAUAUUACAAUCCCAAUGCGAUCAACGUCACCAAAUAUGCCGAGCAAAUUCAGAAACGCAAACUUUUGUGGAGCGGCAAAAAGUCAGAGCCCGCAGCAGCGACAAGUACAUGGAACAAAGCGACCUUUUCGCAAGACACCGACGGAAAAGUUGCCUCGAAAUUCAUGCGAUUGAUGGGAAUUAAAGACGGGGUUCCGCCUCCGCAGCCCGAAGCAAAUGCCGAAAGUGACUUGGAUAAGCAGAAAAAACUGUUUUCUACGAUGGAGCAACAGUACGAGGUUGCACGACAAGUUACUCACACAAUGCGUGGCGUGGGACUCGGAUUUGGAUCUCAACCGCGUCAGUUUUAACACAAAAAAGAAAAAAAAAUUGAAUAUUUAUUGAAAUAGCUUGAUUUUCGUCUGUCAAAUAUAUCACAUUUGGUAUUUAUUAUCAAUAAUUUAGUGUUUUUUUUUAAUAGUUUACGAUAUUACGAUAGGA